CCGCCGGCAUCGCGAAAGGGGCGGCCGGCUCUGCCCCACGGAGGGAGGAUGCCCGUGCUCCGCAAGGCGCUGCGGGUCUCCAAUCGUUCCAUGCUCGCCUUCAUCUUCUUCUUCUCCUUCUCCUCCUCAUGCCUCUACUUCAUCUAUGUGGCCCCCGGCAUAGCAAACACAUAUCUCUUUAUGGUACAAGCUCGUGGUAUCAUGUUGAAAGAAAAUGUAAAAACAAUAGGACACAUGAUCAGAUUGUACACUAACAAAAACACCACAUUGAACGGAACAGAUUAUCCUGAAGGAAACAAUUCUAGUGACUGUGUCGCUCAAACAACAAUGUAUCUUCCAGAAAACUUCACUUACUCUCCUUACCAGGCUUGUCCAGAGAAGCUGCCUUACAUGAGAGGCCUUAUUGAUGUCAAUAUGAGUGAAAUUAGUUUUGAUGAAAUUCAGCAGCUAUUUUCAAAAGACUUAGACAUUAAACCAGGAGGACACUGGAAACCAAAAGACUGUAAGCCACGAUGGAAGGUGGCAAUCCUCAUUCCUUUUCGGAAUCGCCAUGAGCAUCUUCCAAUUUUUUUCCGGCAUCUGAUACCUAUGUUGCAGAAGCAGCGGCUGGAAUUUGCCUUCUAUGUUGUUGAACAGACAGGUACACAACCUUUUAAUCGUGCAAUGCUCUUUAAUGUUGGCUUCAAGGAGGCUAUGAAGGAUGUUGUCUGGGACUGCAUUAUAUUUCAUGAUGUAGAUCACUUACCUGAAAAUGACCGUAAUUAUUAUGGUUGUGGAGAAAUGCCACGUCAUUUUGCAGCAAAGCUGGACAAAUACAUGUACAUUCUUCCAUACAAUGAGUUCUUUGGUGGGGUAAGUGGACUGACAGUGGAGCAAUUCAAGAAGAUCAAUGGAUUUCCUAAUGCCUUUUGGGGAUGGGGUGGAGAAGAUGAUGAUCUUUGGAACAGGGUUCAUUAUGCUGGAUACAACGUAACAAGACCAGAGGGAGAUUUAGGGAAGUACAAAUCCAUUCCUCAUCAUCACAGAGGUGAAGUCCAGUUUUUAGGACGAUAUAAACUUCUGAGGUAUUCCAGAGAACGUCAGUAUAUUGAUGGGUUGAACAAUUUAAUAUAUACUCCUAAAGUACUUGUCAGUAGAUUGUAUAAAAAUAUAACUGUUAAUCUCAUACCAGAACUUGCUCCUGUUAGAGACUAUUGAUGGAAAUGGAAUGACAAAGCAACCCUACUGGAGCAAACUUUUAACACUCGAAGAUACUAAUAGACAGUAUAGACACUGUAAAACAAAACAAAAUAAAAACAAGAAAAACAAAAAAAAACCCUCACAACAAACAGCAGCUUAGAACUAGGGAUUUUGACCAUUGGAUGAUGUGAUGCAUAUUUGGGAUGAGAAAUAAAAUUAUUGUAUGCACCAUGCAUUUUGUUCUGAAAGAAAAGCCAGCAGCUACCACUCAGAUGUUUACAGCAUGAGACAACUGUUCAAGCCUUCCUCCUUCAUAUUCUCUAUAAUAACUACACAACUAAAUAAGUUGCAGAAAACAGACUUGUAGCUUCACUGGAAGUAGAGACAGAUCCUUCUUCCAAGAUUUUUUUUAUACUAAAUUGUUCCCUUCCCACCCCCGCAUAUUUAAAUGAAUGCUUUUGUUCCUUUUUAAAAUGUGUUUUGUAAAUAUGUGAUGUAAAUUAAUGUGUGUACAUUGCUUUUAAAUUGCUCAAUAUGCUUCAGUAUGUAUUUGAAUGUGUUCUCGUUUGAAUUCUAUAGGAAUGUUUUUAUUAGCAUGAAAGAACAAGUGUAAAAUGUAAGUAUGCUUAAAAAAAGGUUAUACCUUAUGUGAAAUGAAGGAAAUAUUAAUUGUUGGCCAGCUAUGACUGUAAACUGUUAUACUAGUUUUGAGCUCUAGGCCUCCUGCGUAUCUAUAUAGAAGAAUCAAUUUCAUAUAUGAACUUGCUCGAAAGAAAGCUUUUAAUUUUAUUUAUUGCCAGCAAAACUAUAUGAUACCCUGCUUGCCAUCUAAAUCAUAUUUAUAUACAUAUUGCAUGUGUAUUAUGGAAAAUCUUGAGGUUGUUGCAUAUUAUAAUCUACACGAACUCUGUUUCCACUUGUGCCACUAGUGUCAAUGUCAGGGAUUUUAAUGCCUAAAACAAUGUGUCUGGGUGCAUACAGUAUUUUGGUAUUGUUCUUUUUUUUUUUUUUUUUUUUUUUUUUAAUCCUAGUAAACAGCACUUUUAUUCCUCCAAAAUCAGAAGAGCCAAAAAUGUGUCUUCAUUGGAAGAAUAUUAAAGUUAGAUUUUUUUAAAUAAAAUAAUAAAACAUAGUUCUAAUGCUUACAGUGUGGGAUUUUCAGAAACACAGUGUGGGCCAAAUUGUUCCACUUACAGUGGCAUAAGUGGAAUUGUAAGUAGGCCAGUCCCAGGUGCUUUUUAAAAUUCCACCCAUAAUAUAUCAAUAUAGCUAUUUAAGGGGCUAUUCUGGUAGAGUGCUGAAUGCUUUUAUGAUGCACUAAGUAUCCUCAAGUCUAUGACUUUGAAUGAGAUUGAGGUUGCACAGUCCCAGUAAGGAUUGGUCCUGUCUGUUUCUCUAUUUUUGUGGUGUUAAAUGUAUGAGUAACUAGCCUCUCUCCUUAGCUUAGAACAAAAAACAUAUCUUCUUAUUUUCUGUUUGCUUGUAAAGUUAAGCUACCUAAUACUAUCUCACUUGUAAGUAUUAUCUUUUCCUUUUUUUCUUUUUACAUCCCUUGUUAAUACUAAGGAAAAGGACUGAAUCAUUUAUUUUCUAUGCUAAUGCAAAGAAUACUAACCAAGAUCUCCCAAACUGUUUUGUUUGUGACAGUUAUUCAACUCUUUAGGAACCAAAGACUGACUUCUGCUCCCAUGAAGAAUGGAAAGCAGUAUAUAAUAAGGAUUGUUUAUCCAUAGAGUGUUCUGUAAUAGUGUUGAAAAAGAAUACUAACUCAUUUCUAUGUGUUGCUGCCACAGAUAGUGUGGUGCUGUGUAUAUUUGAGUUUGUUUGCCAUAAACACCUUUUAUCUCUUUGACAUCCCAGCAGCAAAUUUUGCCCUUAGUCAUUUUUAAGUAAGUUGCAAUCUUAGUUGUAGACAUCCCAAAUAUUUUGUAGAAAUAUAUGAUAUAAUGGAAGUAGAUGAGAACAACUGUAAAGGGAUAUUUUAAACCUUAUAGGAAUUACCCUAAAAUCUGCCAGUUAAUAUAGUAUCCUUUAGCAACGAUGCAGUGAAAAUUGAAAAAAAAAAAAAAGUAAGUAUAAAGUGAACAGAACAUCCUUCUAAAGCAUGCUUAAAUGGUUUGAUCACUUCCUGGUGUAUUUUUCUAUAACUGGGUAUAUAGAAUAUUCUGAAGAAUAUGGAUAAGGGUAGAUAAUAUAAUAUAUGAACAACUACAGCUUCAAAAUAAAAUUGGUCUUAUUUCAUAACAAUAACACAAUUCUUCAAGAACUGUUGAAUAAAUUUUUAAAUCCUUCAUAUAAUUUUGAAGUGAUGUAUAGUUUUCAGUACAAGUUCACUUACGGUUUAACAGUUGCAAUUAUUAAACAUCUUUUGGUACUGUAGGUCCUUGCCAUUUUCUGAAGCAUGCUUUGGUGCCCAUUUGUUAGGCAUUCUGUGAAAUUAAUGUGCAAUUAAAAAAAAAUUCUAUUGCAUAUAUAUGUAUUGAUACAUAUAUAUAUAUACAUAUACUAUAUUACACAUAUGCUGUGGCUAAACUGAUAUAACUUUACAGCUGCAAGUGAUUAAUCAUGUCUGGUCUUAGGAAAAAAUUGAUUUUAAAACAGGAUGUGAAUGGAUUAUGACAUAUAGCUGAGUUCUUAAAAAGUUUACAUUUUGGUGCCCCAAAGUGAUGGUUGUUAUAUUAUGAAAUAUUAAUGCUAACACUCCUCUUUAAAUAACUUUGAUCACUUUGUUGGGAAACUUUAAAAGUCACUAUCUUAAAUUACAUCAAAAUAGUGUUUGUAUGCUACCUGCUUAAACUCAGUAUUAUUAUUCUUUAGUGAAUUUAACAUAGACAGUGCCUUCAAACAAAAUAAAUGUGGUGCAGAACUAAGAGUUGUGCACAUUCCUUUUGAUAUUUUCAUAAUUCUUGAAAAACAUAGAGAGAAGCCGGUCACACUGGCUUUUGCUAAUGGUUUUGCUGACCAGGCAAAUUAAGGACGUAUUCUCUUCAAGGAGCUGGAGGGAGAAGAAAGAGAAAGUAUUUUUACAAUAUUCUCAAAGUUUUGCAAAUUAAAAAGUAAAAAUAUUGCAGAAAUAUAAACACUGGAAUCUGGUCAAUAUACUACGAUACUCUUAAGCCCAUUUCUCUAUUUUAAAUUUAAAUAGGAGAAUAUAAAGUAUAAAAUCCAUUUUGAACUAGAGCAUAUAUUGAAAAGAAAGUGCAAAACGUCCUUUUUCUUGGAUCUUGCCAGUCUAUUUUUCUAUUAUGUUUACUAAUGACUAUGUUGUAAUGAGUUACUAAUGAGCCAGUUACUUAAAAAUAUUAAAAGCACCCAUUGCUUAUCAGCAAGAGGAAGUGUACUUAAAAUUAUUUUAUUUGUAGAGGUGUGUAAGCUAGGCUUAAUGAAAAAUGCACUGAAACAUAUGCUGGGAAUUUCCUGUGUACUAUCAUAAUUUUUUGUUGUUGUUGUUCAUGAAAAUGUUUGUACUUUUUUAUCAUUGUCUUUUAUGAAAUAUAAUGUUCUAAAGAUUG